CAUCCGUCGUGAACCGAGCAGGCAGUUAUAGUAAAAUUCAAAUCAAGGCUGCUCAACAUUAGGAUCCAAACGCUCGGUCGCGCAGGUUGUGUGUAGUCGGUCUUGCGUUCGAGAAAAUCUACUUCUGGUGGAAGCAAAAUUAUUUUUAUUUAUCUUCAUUUUUCAUAGUCAACGCGUUAUCUACCUUGUGGUGAAGAAAAAAAAAACGGGUGUGUGUUGUUAAACGAAGAGAAAAUUGAGAUUUAUAAUCGAUUAUUUCACCUACGGGCAGUGGAUUAAAUCAAAGCUUUGUGUAUCUGACAGCGCGCGGUUCGAAUACGACAAAAAUUAUUCAGUGUGCUAUCCCGGAAGAGUGACAACUUUGACCAAAUACUGGCGAAGUUUAGUGUUGGCAACUACCGAAGAAUCUAUUGAUGAAAUUGGUCCUAUCUUUCGUCUAACCCUAAGCCCUUUGGAAAGAGCAUUUACUCCAACAUAGCCAAUCUGCAGUGAAGUGCAUCACAACCGUGCUUUAUUUAUUGAUCAGUGUUUGAAAUUCCUUCCUCUGGCAAGCGAGCUGUCAAAAUCCCUACAAAAUGAACGGAUACGCAGACAUAUCGAGCUCCAUAGAAAACAACCGAAAUUGCCUGCGACGAAUUGCCAGACAUGAUGAUCAGGAAUUUUCCAAUCAAAGCAUUCUCAACGCCAUGGAAAAGUUUGUAAAGACAGUCAAUGCCAUGGAGGAGACCAUACUCGUGCCCUGCCGGCUGAUGGACCGAAAGGUUGGCGACUCGACCGACACAACACCAGUGGAACAGAAGCAACAUCUCCAUCAUCACAUCAGAAAAACCGGCAAAGCGUCUGUCCGAGACUCCCUGAACACCUCAGAUCUGUUCAAACUCUACAACAUGCUAAACAUGGUCAAAGUGGAUCUACUGUGGGGUCGUCAGGAUUCCGAGGAAGCUUCCGAGUCGUCCAACACAGCAACGUCGUCGUCUUCGUCGUCGUCGUCGUCGUCGUCGUCUGCGAUGGCGUCCGAACAGCAGGACAAAAACUCAGUUCGCUACAAGCAGAAGUCGGCUUCCCCGGCUCCGGUUCAACAGCAGCCAGUGACAAUGAUCAGCAACAGUUCGGAGCAGAGUCUGGCCGGCAGCACAAGUGACACGACAGGAAGCAGCAUAAAGGGUCACAUUCGGCGCCCGAGCACGGUUUCGACUGCUUCCACCAACAGUGUCAGCACAUUGAGCGAUUGCGAGAGCGAAAUCAGUGCGGAGAACGAUUCCGGAAUCGAGUCCGAGGGUACCGUGGAUCAGGAUAAAAGCACCGAGCUGGCUAAGCAGUUCCGGACGCACCUGCUUGGCUUGUACCGAUCGCUGGAACAGAUGACUGACGCGGCCAAUUACUUGACUAAUCGGUAUCAGAGUGACGUCGGACAAGUCUAAGACGGUGUAAGUUCCGCGAGACCCACCAAAAAAAAAAACAAAAAAAAAGUAGGUAGGAGAUAGACGGAAAAUGUUCCCCCGGUGAUAGCAAAGUGUCCCCGAGACUACAUACGCAAGUGUUCGCGCAGCGCGCGUGCGCUUCUUGAGUUAUAGGAAUACAUAAAACUAAA